AUGACAGACAGCCCCCCGUGCCUGCCUCCAGCCCACUGCCUGCCCGACCGCCACCUCUCGGGAGCCAGCGUGGGCAGGGAGUUCUAAUUAAGGGCCAUCACACACCAUCCUCUCCCAGGGACAGUGACAAAGACAGCCUCCUCCCGUCCUGCACCGAGAACCUUCCUUCCGGGUCCUGGCCCCCGAGGGACCCGACACCGUCACCGAGAUUAAUUACUUACCCCUGAACCCCUUUGGACGGGGAAGGGAACCACGGGUGCUGAGCUUGAUGAACGGUGGUGCCUCAGGACACAGGACCGGCGGCCUGAGGUUUGCUGGCCCAGCAGGCGGCUCUGUUUCCGGAAGAGACCAAUUUUGUGCAAGAAGAGUCAUCCCACCCUGAUUGGUCCACGUAGCCUUUGGGUGUCACGGGGUGAAGUCCGGUGCACCAGGGUGGCCGUCAGCAAGACGAAGGGAAGUCGGCCGGAGCAGGGCUUGAGGCCCCCCGGGAGUUCCCGCCCGGCCUCGGGGUCGAGCCCCCAUCUCUGGGGUUUUUCUUCCAGGUCCCUCCUCAGUUAGGCGUGAUUUCCUCCCACCCAUCCCUGGGAGCCCUCCUCAGGACAGCAGGCAUGGCGGCCAUAAGGAGAAGGACCCUCAAAGUGCUCACCCUCCUGGUCCUCUUCAUCUUCCUCACCUCCUUCCUCCUGAAUUACUCCCACAACGCGGUGACCACCUCCUGGUUCCCCAAGCAGAUCGUCAUCGAGCUCUCGGAGAACUUCAAGAAGCUGAUGACCUACUCGCACCGGCCCUGCACCUGCGCCCGCUGCCUCAGCCAGCGCGGGGUCUCGCCCUGGUUCGACGAGCGCUUCAACUGGUCCGUGCAGCCGCUGCUGACGGCGCAGAACGCGCUCUUGGAGGACAGCACCUACAGCUGGUGGCUGAAGCUCCAGCGGGAGAAGCGCCCCAGCGACUUGAACGACACCCUCAAGAUGCUUUUCCGAGUGGUGCCGGGGAACGUGGACCCCCUGCUGCAGAAGAAGUCGCAGGGCUGCCGGCGCUGCGCUGUCGUGGGCAACUCGGGCAACCUGCGGGGGUCCGAGUACGGGUCCCAGAUAGACGGUCACGACUUCGUGCUGAGGAUGAACAAGGCCCCCACCGCAGGGUUUGAGGUCGACGUGGGGAGCAAGACCACCCACCACCUCAUGUACCCCGAGAGCUUCAGGGAGCUGGCCCACAACGUCAGCAUGGUCCUGGUGCCCUUCAAGAUCCUUGACCUGGAGUGGGUGGUCAGUGCCACCACCACGGGCACCAUCUCCCACACCUACGUGCCUGUCCCCGCGAAGAUCAAAGUGAAGAAGGACCAGAUCCUGAUAUACCACCCGGCCUUCAUGAAGUACGUCUUCGACAGCUGGCUGCAGGGCCACGGGCGGUACCCGUCCACCGGCAUCCUGUCGGUCAUCUUCUCCCUGCACGUCUGCGACGAGGUGGACUUGUACGGCUUCGGGGCGGACAGCAAAGGCAACUGGCACCACUACUGGGAGAACAACCCAUCGGCGGGGGCCUUCCGCAAGACCGGGGUGCACGACGGGGACUUCGAGUCCCUCGUCACGGCCACCUUGGCGUCCAUCGACAAAGUCCGGAUCUUCAAGGGGAGAUGACCCCGGGAAGGGAAGGGUCGAGGACGGGCACACCAGAGCGCGCCUCCCACACCAGCCCCGGCUUCUGGCCGGAGCUGUUCCGUUCUGCUCCGGGGGCUUCCGGGGCCGGCCUCAGGGGUGUGCCCACGCACCCCUCGCAGCAGCCUCCUGCACCCCGGCAUCAGACAGCACCUGCGCGGCAGGGUCACCAAGCACCACCAGGGCUGCGGAGCCCAUCUCCGAGCCGGCCCGGGCAAGGAGACCCCUCGCUGCUUCGGAAGGUGGGCGAGUCCGUCUCCUGGAGACUGCUGUGUUUGAAAGGGCAGGACUGUUUCCCAGGGGGAUGGGCAGAGACCUUCCUCGGCCCGGGGGGCCCGGGCUGACUCCCCCGGACUCCGGUUCUCGCUGAGAUGUUUCUGAGUGAGUGAGGACAGCUUCCGGCACACGGCCUCCUGGGCCACGUCACCACCGGGGGCCGGAUGACACCCUACUGGCAGAUGCCGGGCCUCCUCCUCCCUGGGCGGGACGGCCCUGCGUGCCCGCCCCGAGGGCCUGCGUCGUGGCGAGCCGUCUGUGACCCCAGCAGAUGCCCUCUCCCCAAGCCGGUGCUCUCCCGGGCGACCCGUCUGUCGUUAAAGCUGUGGCUGAGAGCAGAUGUGGCUGCCCCCUUGUGCCUUUGUCUUUGGGGAGACGUGUGUGCGGCGGCUGAAACGAGGCAAGCGCCCUGACUCGGGGAAGGGGACCCCUGGCAACUGCCCCCGUGGCUCUUAGCUGGGGACAUUGUCUCAUUUCCUGAGUCCGCCCCCGAAUGGGUCCAACACUCAGAAGCCGUGGGACGUCCCUCCCUUUUCCACAGACUGCUGGACGAGGGGCCGUCACCUCGAAGCCCACGGAGAGGGUCCUCCCCCACCCCCGUGUCCCUCGAGGGCCCACGCUCUGGGCCGGGUCCCUGCCGGCCCGCCGCAUGGUGCCCCCGGGGGGCAGGGGAGCCCCUAGGAAUGCGACUGUCAGAGCGGGGGUGGGGGAGUCAUACCUCAUUCUCACUCUCUUUCUUCCUCUUCAGCCUUCCUGAUUAUUUAUUGAUUUUUGUUGUUGUCGUUGUAUUCAGCUGACAUCACGUGCACUUUCUGACUCUGUUGCUGGUCCUGGGGUUUCAAUGAAGCUUCCCCCUACUCCACACAGCAGCCGGCAGUGGGGGGCUUACUGUGUGCUCUGUGGGGAUCCUCAGACUCGGGUGUAUAGGGGUGCCUGGAGUGGGGGGUUCUUGGGGCAGGUUGGUGGGUUUGUGGAAUGCCCUGUGCCUCCUUCUCUCCCGGCCCCGCCUUCUCUUUUCUCUUGGGGAUCUCGGGUCCAGCCUCGGGCCAGGACCCUCCGGAACCCUCGGGACCGGAGAGGAGUGGAAUCCUCCCAGGCACAGGGGGGCAGUGAUGGUUGGCUCCGGUUACUGACAUUUCAUAGAAAAACCAUUUUUUCCUGUUGAGGGCAUUUCCCCAAAGGCCACCGCUGCUCCGAGGAGGUGUGACGGGGCCCUCCGUAGUGGCGUGUGCAGGAGGCCUGUCUCGGAGCCAAGGGGCCUGCCCCCUCUGCUCCCCGAGGCGCCCCGGCCAGCCCUGCUCUCCUGGCCUUGGUGUCUCCCCUGUCAGUGGGGGGAGAGGAGCUGUGGGAGCUCAGGGGCCACCGCCGGCACCAGGCAACUCGAGGGAGUCCCCAGAAAUGGCAUGAGCAUUUUUUUCUGAGUCCGUACGUGUGAGCAUUUUCCUGGGGGAAGGUUUUAUAGCUUGUAUUAGAUUCUUAAAGAUUCAGAAUCCAGAAAGUGCUUCUUAGAAACAAACCAGCAAGAAAAC